AUGCCGAUCUCUCUCUCUGCGCGCGCGUCGGUGUUCGCGAUGAGCGAUGCCAAAGUGCGCCGUGCGUCUUGUUCCGUGAAGCGUGCGAACCGCGGAAGAUCCACCGUGCGCGUGGAGGCAGUGAGCGUGGAGAUUCGCCACGAGGGGCAGACGGUCACGGUGGAGGUCGGUGACGACGAUAACAUCCUCGACGUCGCGCUCGACGCGGGUCUGGACCUGCGGUACGAUUGUAAGAUGGGCGUGUGCAUGAUGUGCCCGGCAAAGGUCCUCAGCGGAGCGGUGGAUCAGUCGGGAUCGAUGCUGAGCGACGACGUGGAGGAGAAGGGCUACGCGUUGCUGUGCUGCGCAAAACCGGAGGGCGAAGGGGUCGUCAUUCAGACCGUGAGCGAGGACGAAUUACUCGAGGAGCAGUUGUGCUCAAGCGGGUAG